AAGAAGCAAAAUCAAUGGCGGAGAUGGUCUCAAGAAGUCAUUCCUUCCCUCAUCAAACCUUACCUUGCCUACUGCUGGCAAUCAGAAUCCUUGCAAUCCAACCCUGACCUUGGUCUCCUCACCAGAGACAAUUUACAUUGCAGUGCGUUCUGUCGCUUGCGAUCACUGGCAGUCACCUGUGUACUCUUUGACCGUGCAUUCUUCAUCAGCAUUACCUGCUGUGAGUGUUGUCCAGCACCACUCCAACUCAUGACACAUGGGUUAUUUGCAUGUGCUCCUGUUACCCUGUCUCUUGCAGUAGACAUCUGUGUGUUGGAGCUAGUAAAAAAUCUGUUUGUAUGGAUGACUCCCAACUCAACUGCAUGGUGCGAUGUGCUAGAAAUUUUUUUGAAUGAGCAAGGUUAUAAAUUGAACACCAAG